AUGUUUCUAUUAUUCCUUCUCUUCCUCUUCUUUCUCUCUCCUCCGCCAGUCUCUCACUCUCUAACCCAAGAUGGCCUUUUCCUCCUCGAGGCGCGCCGCUGUCUCUCCGACCCCGACAACUCCCUAUCAUCCUGGAACCCCUCCGCCGCCACCCCCUGCCGAUGGCGCGGAGUCACGUGUCACCCUCUUUCUGGCGCCGUCACCGCCGUCGAUCUCUCCUCCUCCUCCCUCUCCGGCCCCUUCCCCGUUACCCUCUGCCGCCUCCCCUUCCUCUCCAACCUCAACCUCUCGUCCAACCUCAUCAACUCCACCCUCGCCCCUGUCUCCCUCUGCCGCACCCUCCUCCACCUCGACCUAUCCCAAAACAUCCUCGUGGGCCCCAUCAACUCCGUCGUCGCACUCACUUCCGUCCGUCACCUCGACCUCUCCGGCAACAACCUCUCUGGCGAAAUUCCAGCGAAAAUCGACGCCCUUCGCCACCUUGAAACGCUCAACCUCGUUAACAAUCUUCUCACCGGCACCAUCCCCGCUUCACUCGGUAACCUCACUUCGCUCAAACACCUUCAACUCGCUUAUAACCCGUUCAAGCCGAGUCCCAUCCCGAGACAACUCGGUAACCUCCGUAACCUCGAAACGCUUUUUCUCGCUCUGUGCAACCUUGAAGGCCCCAUUCCAGUCACCUUCAGCAACCUCGUCAAUUUGACCAGCCUGGACUUGUCUCAGAACAGCAUCACCGGUCACAUUCCGCGAUGGUUCACGCGCUUCACGAGCGUGAUCCAAAUUGAGCUGUACAAUAACUCGCUCUCCGGGGAGCUGCCCAGAGGAAUGUCGAAGAUGACGAGUUUGAAAUCAUUCGACGCAUCGAGGAACAAGUUGACUGGGACGAUUCCGACUGAGUUGUGCGAGUUGCCUCUGGAGUCAUUGUACUUGUACGAGAAUAAACUCGAAGGGUUUUUGCCGGCGGCCAUUGCUCGUUCUCCGAACCUCUAUGGACUGAAACUUUUCAGUAACAAACUCGUUGGAACGUUGCCGAGUGAUUUGGGAAGCAACUCACCGUUGAACCAUAUCGACGUUUCGUUUAACCAGUUUACCGGCGAUAUUCCGGCGAACAUUUGCCGGCGGGGUGAGCUUGAGCAGCUACUCUUAAUAUACAAUUCAUUUUCGGGUGAAAUUCCCAAUAAUCUCGGGAAAUGCAAGAGUUUAAUGAGGGUUCGGUUAAGGAACAAUAAUCUCUCCGGAAGUGUUCCUGACGGGGUCUGGAGCUUGCCCCGUUUGCACUUGCUUGAGCUUUUGGAAAAUUCUCUUUCUGGCCACAUUUCUAAGGCGAUUUCUGGCUCUUCCAGCAUGUCAAAUUUGUUGCUUUCAAAUAACCGAUUUUCUGGGUCGAUUCCCGAGGAAAUCGGAUUAUUGGACAAUCUGGUGGAGUUUGCUGCUAGUAAUAAUAAUUUAUCGGGUCGGAUUCCGGGGAGUAUGGUGAAGUUGAAGCAGUUGGUUAAUCUUGAUCUUAGUUCUAAUCAACUUUCUGGUGAUCUUAAUUUUGGUGGAAUUAGUUACUUGAGUAAGGUCACUGACCUUAAUUUGUCACAUAAUAGGUUUAAUGGACGUGUUCCAAGUGAAUUAGGAAGUUUGCCUGCGCUUAAUUAUCUUGAUCUUUCUUGGAACAAUUUUUCUGGAGAGAUUCCAUUGCAGUUGCAGAAUUUGAGGCUAUCUGAGCUGAAUUUGUCUUAUAACCAGCUUUCUGGGUAUAUUCCUCCUAUUUAUACCCAUACCAAGUAUAAGACGAGUUUUAUAGGGAAUCCUGGCCUCUGUAGUAAUCUCCCUGGGGUUUGUAAUGGUCAUGAUAAGAAUAAGAAUUGGAGCUAUGUAUGGAUUUUGUGGUCCAUUUUUGUGCUUGCUGGACUGUUGUUCAUUAUUGGGGUGGCAUGGCUUUACAUUAGGUACAGGAAGGUGAAGAAAUUGAAGGAGGAGUUGUACACUUCGAGGUGGAAGUCGUUUCACAAGCUGCGGUUUAAUGGGUUUGAGGUUGCUAAGUUGCUGAAUGAGGCCAAUGUGAUAGGAAGGGGAUCAUCUGGGAAGGUGUACAAGGUGGUGCUCGGCAAUGGUGAAGUGGUGGCAGUGAAAAAAUUGUAUGGAGCACCUACGAAAGUGGAUGAAAAUGUUGGUUCUAGGAAAGAUGAAUUUGAUGCUGAAGUAGAAACUCUGGGGAGGAUUAGGCACAAGAAUAUUGUGCGGUUGUGGUGUUGUUGCAACGAUGGGGACCACAAGUUACUGGUUUUUGAAUACAUGCCAAAUGGGAGCUUGGGUGAUUUGUUACAGGGUAGCAACAAGAGCCUGUUGGAUUGGCCUAUUAGGUAUAAAAUUGCAGUUGAUGCUGCUGAGGGGCUUUCUUAUUUGCAUCAUGAUUGUGUCCCACCCAUUGUCCACAGGGAUGUGAAAUCUAACAACAUAUUGGUGGAUGAGGAGUUUGUGGCAAAAGUUGCAGAUUUCGGAGUUGCCAAAAUGGUUACAAGAGCCGGCCAAGGGACAGAAUCAAUGUCUGUGAUUGCAGGAUCAUAUGGCUACAUUGCACCAGAAUACGCAUACACUCUGAGGGUGAAUGAGAAGUGUGACAUAUACAGCUUUGGAGUGGUUAUUUUGGAGUUGGUAACUGGGAGACCCCCCAUUGGUCCAGAGUAUGGUGAAAAUGAUUUGGUGAAGUGGGUUUCCUCUGCAUUGGAACAUGAAGGAUUGGAUCAUGUAAUUGAUCCUACAUUGGACUCCAAAUACAGGGAAGAAAUAAGCAAGGUGUUGAGUGUGGGGUUGCAUUGCACCAGCUCCAUCCCAGUAACUCGCCCCUCAAUGAGAAACGUGGUUAAAAUGCUUCAUGAGGUAACAACGGUUCCCAAAUGCACAAGCUUAAACGCUGGAAAUGACCCUUGUUACAAUGAAGGCACAUCUCAUUGUAUCAGUGAAGUGUAG